GCAUUCUCAUGGCGAUAUAUUUUUCUGCCGUAUAUUCAUCAAUCUAAAUAAGAUAUCUCGAGCAGAUAAAGACAGAUCAAUGAUAAGCCACACAGGCAUAUAUCAGACGUAUGGCAUUAUGGUGAAAGUUUCAUACACUACAGUUAAAUAUUACUUAUUGAUACAUACUGAAUUCAUUUUCUCAACGAGAGGUGUGGUGCAUCAUUCUAUUACGUCAUCAGAUUCGGCUGCUGUGUGAUUCAAGAUAGUUUGCGCAUGUUUUUUGAGGAUUGCUAAAGUGUAAAAUCACGAACUGACCAUAACAUGUAUAUCGCUUGUUUCUAAAAAAUUGUUUUCAGACGUAGAAAAACAUACACAGACAUUGAUGGCGGUUAACAUCCAUCAUGGAAUUUCUGGAGAUCAAAAGAAGACAAUACUACAUUCGAAUUUAACGGAAGAAGGAAAACCAAGGUGUUUAAAGUGCGAUGACAAAUGUCCCGGCCUAGAACAACAUUAUUGGAGAAAAGUGUGUCGAAAUUGUCGAUGUUCAGUUGACGAUCAUGCAAUUCAACCAUCAACAGAGUCAAACGGGCGAGAGCCUAUCAAUUUGCUGCUGGAUUCUAUUCCACGACAAGGAACCCAACGUGAUCUUUUGGAACGCCUAGAAAGGUUAAACGUUGAUGAUUAUGACACUUUGUCACACAUUACAGACCCAGAACACGACAUUGUGCUGUCAAGAAUUAUUUCAGAAAAUAUGAAAUCUCAAAAAUUCAUCGCAAUGCUUCCAAAAGACAAACAAAUGUUUGCUGCUCAGUUAAGGAGGAGACAACUCCAGCGACAGUUACCACUGCACGAUCUUCAUCAAAAGUUUUGUGCUAGUUUAACGGAAACAGAACUGCAUAAAUUCCAUAAAUUUAUUUCAAAAAGAAAGCAUAAAAGUGCUGGUAUUGGACGGAUCGGAGAUGUGCCGAAGGAUUCACAGUUUACGUGUCAUAGAUGUUCAAAAGUCAUGGAACCAAGGGGAAUCACUGUGAUAGCAGACCGACUUGGCAGGACUACAGCUUGGCAUCCGGGAUGUUUUACGUGUACAACUUGUAAAGAACUUUUAGUGGAUAUGAUAUACUUUUACAGAAAUGACGAUAUAUAUUGUGAAAGACAUUAUGCAGAUUCCAUUUAUCCUAGAUGUGCAGCUUGUGACGAGGUCAUAUUUGCAAGGGAAUAUACACAAGCAGAAAAGCAGGCAUGGCAUGUACAACAUUUUUGUUGUUGGUUUUGUGACGCACCACUUGCAGGACAACGUUACAUUGCCAACAAUGGAAAUCCUUAUUGUGUCUUUUGUUUUGACAGACUAUACAGCAAGAUUUGCCAUACAUGUGGAAAGACAAUUACUGCUGAUUCCCCUGGUUUGUCACAUGGAGAAUUUAACUGGCAUGCCUGUCCACAUUGCUUUAGCUGUAAUGGGUGUGGCAAGAAUCUUAUAAACAAACAAUUUUUGCUUAAAGAUGGAUUUUUAUUUUGUGGUCAAGAUUGUAAACAAAAAAAUCCACCUAAACACAAUGACCAUGUGUCGGCAACUCAUUUCCAUGCAUAAAAACCCUUUUCAUUUAUGUCGGCGAUGCAAAAGCUUGAAAUUUCUAAACAGAGAAAAUCUUGCAGUGAUAUCACUUUUUGUGUUACUUCAAACCCAUCUGUGGAUACCUCUUUUUCUGUGUGUUUUAGACGUGAAAAACAGUGUUUUUAAA